AUGGUACAGGACAGCGUUGGGGGCGAGGCGUCUGCGGCUGUGGGCGGAGCUCCAAAUAUUGAUUUUUCUCCCCUCAGCCAGGAGCUUGCAAGAUUAAUCGAUGUGCCUGAAGCCAGAGUGCAGGUGGUGUCCAGCGCUUCGGCUUCCUCCGGUCCCAGCAGGACCAGCCGCAGGCUCCUGGGCCCUCCGUGCCCAAGCCUCGCUCACAAUAGCAUCUUUUUCACUCUGAAGCGGUUUCGGAAGAUGAGCGACCCUUCAGUCAUCCUGAAAGGAACGCUGCUGUUGUUGAAAGAUCCGGUUUGGUUUAAGAACAGGAGAGCCAAGUGGAGGAGACAUCAGAGGGCACUGAGGUUCAGAAACGUGCCCCCCGUGGCCAUGGUCCCCCCCAUCAUCAUUAACUUGGGUGGACCCUACCGUGCCGUCCUCAAUCAGGAGCGGCCGGAUUGCCUGUGCGUUGUGCCCCAGCCACUGCUGCUGGGACCACCUCCGCCGCCCGUGCCGCUCUUUCCGAACGGCAAGGAGGCCUGCUGCUUUCAGGCAGCCGCGUCCCUGAGCCGCCAUCAGGAGGCCACGGCCCUGUCUGAAGUUCCCCAAGCGCGCACGGCCGGCUUCCAAAGCCCCACCGUGCCCUCCAGCACCCCAUCUUCCCCCGCACUCCCCCCUGCCCCCACCCCGUGCCCCAGCGGGACCGCGCCGCCGUGCAAGACGGGGGGGCGGGGGGGGGCGGGGAGCGUGCGCCUCCAGGGAGAGAACGCUGUGCUUCCAGGCGGGGCUGAGCCGCAGCCGCGGGGAGGAGCUGAGGCCCACCCGGGGACCGGAGGGGACACUUCUGAGGGGCUACUCACGGGGCUCCCGGAGAAGCGGCAGCCGGCCGUGCGGCGGCUGGUGCUCCGCAAGUUGUGUCCGGUGCCGGCCCUUUGGGUGGAGGAGACGCGGCGACGGCACUGCGGCCGGAGGGUCCUGCGUCCUGCGUCCUGCGUCCGCCAAGGUACCACGAGAGGGGACCCCCUUCAAGGCCGGCGCUGGGCUCUCGGUCCUCCCUUCCCCCCACGCCCCAGAGGCCGAGGGCCCAGCAUCGCUCGGUCGCCGGCUCCCAGCUGCCCGGCGCCUUUCGGCGAGACCGUGGCGGUGGCCCGCGGUCCUGGCGUGCAGUCGUUCCAAGCGUCGGCCGUCUCCCGGAUCCGAGAUCGGGCGGCCCCCUCGUGUGCUAGCAGUGGUUCCGGGGUGCCGCCUCGGGAUGGGGGAAGCAUAGCGUCCCUUCGAAGCUCCCCCAGCCCGGCGAAGCUGCCGGCUUUCUGCGUCGCCGCCGCUGUGACUCACCUCCUUCCUCCCCGCAGAGACCUGGGUGGCCUCAGCCCUUGGCUGUGGGCCCUCGACCCCAUCCCGCAUCUCCUUCUCAAGGUGUGUUCUCAGGAGCUGUCCGGGCACCGUCUUCGCGUCUGAUUCCAGGACGUUUGCUUGUAAAUAGCAAUUUUUGAAACCACUUGUGG